ACAAGUGAGUAAGCAAUACAUAUCGAUCACUUACCAUUCAACAAACAAAACGUAUUUGUUUCCAAAAGAAAAUAAUUGUCAUGAGUCGAAACAAGUCUUAUUGGUUUGGUGUUACCAUCUAUUUCUUAGUUUCUUGUCACCCUUUUAUAAACACCUUUGCUUCUCCCACACAGUCCUUGUGCCGCAACGACCAAAGGGAUGCUCUUUUAGAGCUAAAAGAAGAGUUAUCAAUCCAUUCCAGAAACAGCGCUCCUGUACCAACAAUUUCAUGGAACAAGCGCGUCGACUGCUGUUCUUGGAAGGGUGUGAAGUGUAAUGCUAUCUCCGGAGAGGUGAUAUCACUAAAACUUGGUGACCCCUCUACAUUCAACAGCUCUUGGAAAUCUAGCAGUGGUCUUUUUACUCAAAAUCUUCUUCACCUAGAUCUUUCAUCUUUAGGUCUCCAAGGGGAGAUUCCUUCUUCCAUUGGAAAUCUUUCUCAUCUCACAUAUCUUGAUCUUUCUUUCAAUCAAUUAGUUGGUGAAGUUCCGGCUUCAAUCGGUAACCUAAACCAACUAGGAUACAUGGAUCUUUCAGAUAAUAAUCUCAAAGGUAAUAUUCCUACUUCAUUUGCCAACUUAUCCAAGCUUUCUGAAUUGCACCUCCGUGAAAAUCAAUUCACGGGUGGCGAUAUAGUAUUAGCCAACUUAACCAGCUUAUCCAUUAUAGUCCUCUCCUUCAAUUACUUCAAAUCCGCCAUUUCUGCUGACCUUAGUGGACUCCACAACUUAGAGCGAUUUUGGGUGUAUAACAACUCAUUUUUCGGACCUUUUCCCUCAUUCUUGCUCACGAUUCCUUCGUUAGUCGAUAUUGAUUUAAGUGAAAACCAAUUCGAGGGACCUAUUGAUUUUGGGAAUACCUCUUCAUCAUCUAAGUUGACAGAGUUAGAUCUCAGCCAUAACAAUUUCGGAGGACGAGUCCCUAGUUCUAUAUCAAAAUUAGUCAAUCUCGAUAACUUAGAUCUUAGCCACAACAAUUUAGGAGGGCAAGUCCCUAGCUAUAUAUCAAAAUUACGCAAUCUCUUAUCUUUAGAUCUCAGCCAUAACAAUUUCGGAGGACGAGUCCCUAGUUCUAUAUCAAAAUUAGUCAAUCUCGAUUACUUAGAUCUUAGCCACAACAAUUUAGGAGGGCAAGUCCCUAGCUAUAUAUCAAAAUUACGCAAUCUCUUAUUUUUAGAUCUCAGCCAUAACAAUUUCGGAGGACGAGUCCCUAGUUCUAUAUCAAAAUUAGUCAAUCUCGCUAACUUAGAUCUUAGCCACAACAAUUUAGGAGGGCAAGUCCCUAGCUAUAUAUCAAAAUUACGCAAUCUCUUAUCUUUAGAUCUCAGACAUAACAAUUUCGGAGGACGAGUCCCUAGCUCUAUAUCACAAUUAGUCAACCUCAGUUCCCUUGAUCUUUCCUACAACAAGUUGGAAGGUCAAGUACCUCAAUGUAUAUGGAGAUCUUCUAAGUUAUAUUCAGUGGACCUUUCUUAUAAUUCUUUCAGCAGUUUCGGCAUAAUUCUAGAACCCACAAAGCACCAAUUAGUAAGAGACUGGGAUCUUAGUUCAAAUUCACUCCAAGGACCAAUUCCCCAAUGGAUCUGCAAUUUCAAAUAUUUUUCCUUCUUAGAUUUUUCCAACAACCAUCUCAAUGGCUCAAUUCCACAAUGUUUGAAGAAUUCUACUGAUUUCAACAUGUUAAAUCUUCGAAACAACAGUCUAAGUGGAUUUAUGCCAGAUUUAUGCAUCGAUGGCUCACAGUUGCGAUCACUUGAUGUCAGCCUCAACAAUUUCGUGGGGAAACUUCCAAAAUCUUUGAUCAACUGCGAGUGGAUGGAGUUUCUAAAUGUGAGAGGAAACAAGAUCAAAGACACGUUUCCGUUUUGGUUGGGAUCUCUACAAUACCUAAAGGUUCUUGUGCUGCGAUCAAAUGCUUUCUAUGGUCCAGUCUAUAACUCCUCUGCCUAUUUAGGGUUUCCAAGUAUGAGGAUCAUUGACAUAUCUAAUAACAACUUUAUUGGAUCAUUGCCACAAGACUAUUUUGCCAAUUGGCCUGAAAUGUCAAAGGUAUGGAUUAAAGAAGACUACAUGGAGUCCGAUUACAUGGUCACUUUCUCUAUGUAUGAGUCGAUCGAUUUGGUGUAUAAGGGAGUAGAUACUGAUUUUGUUCGGAUCUUUCAAGCCUUCAAAGCCAUUGAUUUUUCAGGAAACCUAUUCUCCGGAGAUAUCCCUGAAUCUGUUGGUCUAUUGAGCGAAUUGCGUCUUCUCAACUUGUCAGGCAAUGCAUUCACAGGCAAUAUCCCACCGUCCUUGGCAAAUAUUACAAAGCUCGAGACAUUAGACCUAUCGCGAAAUAACUUGUCAGGUGAAAUUCCUCAAGGUCUCGGGAAUCUCUCAUCUCUGUCCAACAUCAACUUCUCCCACAAUCAUCUUGAGGGAUUGGUGCCUAGGAGCACACAGUUUGGAACUCAAACUUGUUCUUCAUUCAUGGGUAACCCCGGACUCUAUGGCCUCGAGGAAAUUUGUCGAGAAAGCCAUCAUGUCCCCGUUCCUACUACAUCUCAGCAACACGAGGAAUCUUUGUCAGAAACGAAAGAGCCAGUGCUGAACUGGAUAGCAGCCGCGAUAGCGUUUGGACCUGGUGUGUUUUGUGGAUUAGUGAUCGGGCAUAUAUUUACUUCAUACAAGCAUGAGUGGUUUAUUAUAUCUCGUUAAGCCCAUCUCUCUCGCGGUUUCGUCAAGUUUGUACUCCCGUAAUUAGUUCGCCAGGUGUUUAUUCUUUUCACUUCGUAUCGUGGUUGUCUUAUAAACAGUGUCAAUGUUAUAAACUUUAAUGUUCUCACCAUUUUAUGUAAUAUGGUCCAUGUUGGUUGCAUAUGUUUGUCAGUUAUAAAGCGUUAACAAAGUGUCUUGAAAAUGAUGUUUCUUUUACAA